UAAGAGACACUACAUAUCGGCAUCUAACUUCACAACCGAUCCGAACAGGUCAGCCCUCGGAAUCAAAUAGAAGAAAAACUUUACUCCGCCUGCCGUCAUUUCAAAAUAUUGAGAGAGAAGUGACUUCUAAAUAGAUCCGAAAACUAGGCAACAUCCAUAUUUCACCUAACUGAAAGCAAAAGGCAACCAUUUCGCCAUGAAGCCCGCUUGCCUGAUCCUCCUUGCCUCUUUGACGGUUUGCAAUCUCACCAUGAAUCUAGGACAAAGCAUCCCAGACGACGAUAACGUGGAGAACCGGGCAACUUUGGAUGAGAUGCUUCAGAGAGCAGACAAUCUAUUAAUAAGAUCUAUACUAAAAAAGAUAGGGGAAGACGAAAGUACAAACGAACUGAUCUCCUCUCAACAGGAGUGGAUCGCUAAGAGGCAGCAUCCGGGAAAAAGAUACCAAGAAGAAAUAGAAAAGCGGCAACAUCCUGGAAAACGUGGGGAUGACGAGGUCGAGGAUUACGCCGAUCUUCAGAAAAGGCAACAUCCAGGCAAGCGAGAGGAUGAGACGGACAGUUACGUGGAGUUGCAAAGGCGGCAGCACCCGGGUAAGCGUUCACCACUGGAACAGUUACCAGACAAUUCUGGCACCCAGGCGGCGUACCUGGUCGAGCUUUCCAAAAGGCAGCACCCAGGUAAACGGUACUUGAUGUACAACAAACGUCAGCACCCGGGCAGACGUGAGCUCGGGGAGGAGAUGGACUCAGGUGAGCUGCCGGAUUUGGAGAAGCGUCAACACCCCGGAAAACGCUUUGUGGAUAACACGAGUCCCGAUUUCGCCCCCAACGAUCCAUGUGGCCCCAAUGAUCCAAGGAGCUGCAGCAAAGCAAGCUUGUUGCUGGAGUUGCUGGACAACGCGACCAAGGACCGAGCAGAGGAGAAGAGGCAACAUCCAGGAAAAAGGUUCGCUUAUGAAGAAGGCUUGAUGGAACGGAAGUAAAAAGAGGAGAGUGAAUGCAUAAGUUAAAUGUAAAGAUCUAAAUAUAUCAUCUGAAUAACUAUAAUAAAGAUUAUUUCACAAUUA